GUUGCGGCACGCAUUUCGAUGUGCACAGGUGAUUAAGUGAGGUUAUGUCGCGUGUGGUGUUUAUAUUGUAAUAUUUAUGUGCGUAUCCCAGGUUCGGAUUGAAAACGCACGCGAUUGUGUGAAUUUCAAUUAUAUAUAACAAUUACGUAUUGAUUUUCGUGGUGGUGUGACUGCAAGUUGUUCGAAGAUGUCUUCAGGAAGGAAGUGCAAAAACUGUGGCUCCUUCGAUAUAGAAGUUGACCCAGCUAGGGGUGAUGCAGUGUGCACCAAUUGUGGCUCCGUGCUUGAAGACACCAUCAUAGUAUCGGAGAUACAGUUCGAGGAUGGUAACCAUGGUUCGACAAAUGCUAUAGGUCAAUUUGUGUCUGCGAGCUCGAAGGGUGGUGGAGGAAAGUUUGGGCCAGGAUUUCAAUUCCAAAGCGGCGAAGAAUCCAGGGAAUACACUUUAAAGAAAGCUCGUAACAGCAUUUCCAUUCUCUGCAAUCAGUUGCAUCUGAAUCAGCACUGCAUCGACACUGCUUGUAACUUUUACAAGAUGGCAUUGACCAGAAACAUGACAAAGGGUAGAAAAAGUACGCACAUUCAUGCUGCUUGCGUCUAUUUGACCUGCCGCACAGAGGGCACAGCUCAUUUAUUGAUUGAUAUAUGCGACGUGGUCCAAAUAAGCUGCUUCGAAUUGGGUAGAACUUACCUGAAGUUAUCACACACCUUGUGCCUGAACAUACCUUCAAUUGAUCCGUGCUUGUACAUUCUGCGGUUCGCUUCCAAAUUGGAAUUCGGCAGUAAAACGCAGGAGGUGGCGAACACCGCCCUCAGACUUGUGCAGAGGAUGAAAAGGGAUUCGCUACAUUCGGGGCGCAGACCUUCAGGACUCUGCGGCGCUGCUCUGCUGAUGGCAGCCAGAUUGCACGAAUUCAACCGACUCCCAACGGACAUCGUGAAGAUCGUCAAAGUCCACGAGACGACGUUGCGCAAGAGAAUGAUUGAAUUCGGCGAGACGCCGAGCAGUUCCUUAACUCUGGACGAAUUCCUGACCGUAGAUUUGGAGGAGGAACAGGACCCACCGUCGUUCAAGAUGGCAAGGAAAAAGGAUAAGGAGAGGUUGCAACGGCUGAUGGACGAGGAGGGGGACACCUUGACGGAUCUACAGAAGGAGAUCGAAAAUCAAUUGAUCAGGGAUAAUAAAAGUAAAAAGGCAAAACGAGCUACCGGCGAAAAGAAAAGUGACGGCGGACAGGAUAAUGACAUGAUGAACUUCAUCGAGGAGGAGACGGUGGGCACAAUAAGCUCGCUGAUUUCCGGCGAACCAAUUGAUGAUCCCGAUUUGGAUGACGAGGAGUUUCCCAAAGAGCUCGGACCCAAUAUUGAGAGUUUGGGUUUGGUGAAUUCUUUGGAGGAUGUGGUAAGUGUACCGAAGGCUUCCGCACCCAUUGAUCUAGGCGACGAGACCUUCGAUGACCUCGACGAUGGAGAGCUGGACUCGUACAUCUUCACCGAGGAUGAGGGUCGUAACAAGAGCACGCUGUGGCACAAAAUUAAUGCACCCUAUCUGGAAAAGCUUAAAGAAAGAGAAGAAAAAUUGGCACGUGAAAAGGAAGAAGGGAAGCCGGAGAAGAAAAAGCGCCGCGUCGUGAGAUCAAAGAAGAACUUGGCGCCUUCCGGAUCUGCAGGUGAAGCAAUCGAGAAGAUGUUGCAGGAAAAGAGAAUAUCCUCGAAGAUCAAUUACGAUGUCUUGAAGAGCUUGACCACUCCUUCUGCUCACGGCGAGAACUCCACGGAACCGUCGUCUCCUUCAGUCGAUAGCGGUUCUUUGAUACGUUUCGAUUACAAAAGACGACGAAAUCCCACAAGUACGGGAGGUGAGACGCCGAAGAAAAUUGCCAAGACAACCGGGCGGGGAAGGAAGGCCAAGGAGAAGGAGUCUUUUGGUUUGCCGGUGGUGGAUGAGGCACCGGCGCCUGCCAAGGAGCAACAGCAACCGCCGACCAACGACCAAAAGAAGGACGAUCACGCUUCUGAGGAUGAUUACGAGGAUUUCGAGGAACCGGAAGAGGUUCAACCGGAAAUCGGAGUGAUGCAACUUCUGCAGCAGCACCGCGACGACGACGACGAGGCCGAAAUGUACUUCGGUACGGGCUACGACGAGGAUGAUUAUUAAACUUUCUUGUGAUAUUGUCAUCAUAUUUAUUAUUAUUAUUAUUACCAAAUCCACGUUUGUAUCGACUGUUGCAGGAUUUCUCCAAAUGUGCUCAUUCCAUUUUUAAUACAUAAUAUGAUUGCAGAAAUAAUAAUAAUUGACAAUAUUGAUUAUUAGCUUUUGUAUUUAUAUGGAUAUCACUUAUGUAAUGUUUGGAAUCUAGCUUAGAGUAUUUAUAUUUAUGUAACAUUCGCAUUUACGUACAUAUUUAUGUUUAUAUUAUGUA